AUGGCAAAUUCCAAAGAACAAGCGUGUAGGAAUGAGUCCUUAGUAGAAGUUUUUGUUGACAUAUGUAUCAAGGAAGUGCAUAGAAAUUCGAAGCCACAAUCUCAUUUUACUUCAAAUGGAUGGAAUACUAUAAUCACUUCCUUUGUUGAACAAACUGGAAAAGAUUAUACCAAAAAACAGCUGAAAAAUAAGUGGGAUGCCCUAAAAGGUGAGUGGAUACUAUGGAAAGAUCUGAAGAAUAAAUAUACCGGUCUUGGGUGGGAUCCCAAACUCAACACUGUUGUUGCGACCGAAGAGCGCUGGAGUCAAAUAAUUGGGAAAACCAAGGAAUUUGCAAGGUUCAAGAAAAAAGGAAUAUCACCCGAGUUUGAAACCAAAUUGGAUAUAUUGUUUUCCGAUAUUACAGCUACUGGAAAGCAUGCAUGGGCACCAUCUUCUUCAAUCCCUAUCCCUAAUAGUUCGGAGGAAUGUGACAAUGUUAACUACGUUGAAGGUAGUGGUGACUCUGAUGAGAGAGAUGCAUCUAAUUACACUCGAUAUGCGCAUCGUGAUAGACAUUUUGUUCGAGGUGAAGAAAGUGAAAAUGGUGAAGGAGCUAUGGAAGAAGAAGAAGAUGAUGUAGAAGAACAAAACCAUCAUGGUGCACAAGAAAUGGAGACAUUAAGAAACAACAUUGCUCAAAGUUUGAUGGUUGCACGUUUAGAAUGA